GCGGUGGGCCCGACUCACCCUUCCUUUUACCUCCCGGAGCCCUCGUGUGAGAUCAUCAGGUCUUUAAACCCUUUUUGUGGCAAUCCUUGGAAGCACUGACAAGAUGCCCAGGGAAGACAGGUCUACGUGGAAGUCCAACUAUUUUCUGAAAAUCAUUCAACUGCUGGAUGACUAUCCAAAAUGCUUUAUCGUGGGGGCGGACAAUGUUGGCUCAAAGCAGAUGCAACAGAUCCGUAUGUCCCUGCGAGGGAAAGCCGUGGUGCUGAUGGGAAAGAACACCAUGAUGCGCAAGGCUAUCCGUGGCCACUUGGAAAAUAACUCUGCCCUGGAAAAGCUUCUGCCUCACAUCAAGGGAAAUGUGGGAUUUGUUUUCACCAAGGAAGAUCUUACAGAAGUGCGAGAUAUGCUACUUGCCAACAAGGUGCCAGCUUCUGCUCGUGCUGGAGCCAUUGCACCUUGUGAAGUCACAGUGCCUGCCCAGAAUACUGGUUUGGGUCCUGAGAAGACAUCCUUCUUCCAGGCUUUGGGAAUCACUACUAAAAUCUCCAGAGGAACUAUUGAAAUUCUGAGUGAUGUACAGCUGAUUAAGACUGGAGACAAAGUAGGUGCCAGCGAAGCCACCCUGCUGAACAUGUUGAACAUUUCUCCAUUCUCCUUUGGUUUGAUAAUCCAACAAGUCUACGACAAUGGAAGCAUCUACAGCCCAGAUGUCUUGGAUAUCACAGAGGAUGCCCUGAGAAUUCGCUUUUUGGAGGGUGUGCGCAAUGUGGCCAGUGUUUGCCUGCAGAUUGGUUAUCCGACUGUCGCCUCUAUACCUCAUUCCAUCAUCAAUGGAUACAAGCGGGUUCUUGCUGUUGCAGUGGAGACAGAUUACAGCUUCCCAUUGGCAGACAAGGUCAAGGCUUUCCUGGCAGAUCCAUCUGCGUUUGCUGUCGCUGCUCCUGUUGUAGAGGCUGCUUCUGCUCCCGCUGCUGCACCUGCUCAGGAGGAGAAGAAAGAAGAAUCUGAGGAGUCUGACGACGAUAUGGGAUUUGGACUCUUUGAUUAAGAUGUUUCAUCGGUCAAAUUACAUCAAUAAAAUUCCAUAUAACUAA